GAGGCAAAACACCUGACAUGAAUGCGCGAACCUAUGCACACAUCAUGCAGGAAACACGUCUGAAAGGAGAAGAAGCCCUUAUCCGGAAAACAAUUCAGGAAAGAGCAAAGGAAGGAACUCUUCAAGCUGUGGCAACCAAUGGUGAUGCACCUAAAGCUGCUCCAAGAAAGCGGGGCCGUUGGGAUCAGACAGCUGAUGAAACGCCACAACCAAAGAAAAAGACAACAUGGGAAGCUGAAACUCCUUCUGUUGCUCGUUGGGAUGAGACUCCAGGUCGAGCCAAAGGAAGUGAGACACCUGGUGCAACACCAGGACAGAGUACUCGUAUGUGGGAUGCCACACCAGGUCAUGCAACACCUGGCCAUGAAACACCAGUUCAUGACAAGGCUACUCCUUCAGCUCGACGGAAUCGAUGGGAUGAGACACCAAAAACGGAUCGUGGAGAAACUCCUGGACAUAACAGUGGCUGGGCUGAAACCCCUCGAACUGACCGUGGAGCUAGUGACCUCAUACAAGAAACCCCAACUCCAAGUGCCAGCAAGCGGCGCUCAAGAUGGGAUGAAACUCCUGCUGCACAAACUCCUGGUGCCACUCCAUCAGGAGCUAUGAACCCCAUCAACACCCCCACCACACCAGUAUGAACUCCAGGAAAUGGAUGGACUCCUGGGGGUAUAACUCCUGGAGGUACAACACCUGUAGGGCCAAAGGCUAUUGGCAUGGCUACUCCAUCACCAGGACAGCUGGUAAAUAUGACACCAGAACAAAUUCAUGCUUUCAGGUGGGAGAGGGAAAUUGAUGAGAGGAAUAGACCCAUGACAGAUGAAGAACUUGAUGCUUUAUUUCCUCCUGGGUAUGAGGUGCUACCACCACCUCAGGGUUAUGUUCCUAUAAGAACACCUGCGCGUAAAUUAACAGCUACUCCAACACCAAUGAUAGGAACCCCUCAAGGAUUCUACAUGCAGAAGGAGGGGAUGACACCUAAGCAUGAUGACUCACAGCCGAAAGGUAAUUUGCCCCUACUGAAACCUGAAGAUGCCCAGUACUUCGAUAAACUUCUGCAAGAUGUUGACGAGGAGAGCCGCCUAAAGCCAAGAAGAAAAAAGGAAGGAAAAAAAAUAAUGAAAUUACUUCUCAAAAUAAAGAAUGGAACUCCUCCAAUGCGCAAGGCAGCACUACGCCAGAUUACAGAUAAAGCAAGAGAGUUUGGUGCAGGGCCUCUCUUUAACCAGAUUCUUCCGUUGCUUAUGUCCCCAACACUGGAGGAUCAAGAACGACAUCUUUUGGUCAAAGUUAUUGACAGAGUUCUGUACAAACUUGAUGACCUGGUACGCCCUUAUGUUCAUAAAAUUCUUGUGGUCAUUGAACCUCUACUUAUUGAUGAAGAUUACUAUGCUCGUGUAGAAGGUCGAGAGAUCAUUAGUAAUUUGGCCAAAGCUGCUGGAUUAGCAACCAUGAUUUCCACAAUGAGACCUGAUAUUGAUAACAUUGAUGAAUAUGUGCGUAACACUACUGCCCGAGCCUUUGCUGUUGUGGCCUCUGCCCUUGGGAUUCCAUCUUUGCUACCAUUUUUAAAGGCUGUCUGUAAGAGCAAAAAGUCAUGGCAGGCACGGCAUACUGGUAUUAAGAUUGUACAGCAGAUUGCCAUCUUGAUGGGUUGUGCAAUUUUGCCACAUCUCCGUUCCCUUGUUGAAAUUAUUGAACAUGGACUUGUUGAUGAGCAACAGAAGGUGAGAACUAUCACUGCCCUUGCCUUGGCUGCUCUGGCAGAAGCAGCAACGCCUUAUGGUAUUGAGAGUUUUGAUUCUGUUUUGAAGCCUCUGUGGCGUGGUAUCCGACAACACCGUGGCAAGGGUCUUGCUGCCUUUUUGAAAGCUAUUGGUUAUCUGAUCCCACUUAUGGAUGGAGAAUAUGCUGACUACUAUACAAGGGAAGUGAUGUUGAUCCUCAUUCGUGAAUUCCAAAGUCCCGAUGAAGAAAUGAAAAAGAUUGUGUUGAAGGUGGUCAAACAGUGUUGCGCCACGGAUGGUGUUGAACCAGGAUAUAUUAAGGAGGAGAUCCUGCCCCACUUCUUCAAACACUUUUGGAACCACAGAAUGGCUCUCGAUCGUCGUAAUUACCGCCAGCUAGUCGAUACAACUGUUGAGAUUGCAAAUAAAGUUGGAGCAUCUGAGAUUGUUAACCGUAUUGUAGAUGAUUUUUUAAAAAAGGAUUGAAAAAGAUGAAGCAGUUAACCGUAAAAAUGGUGGAUGGAAAAACUGAAAAAAAAGAAAUUCAUGGCUAACCUUGAGCAGCAAGACAUUGCAUUUCCUCGGGGACUCGAAGAACCAGUUAAAUUUGACGGUAAAUUCUUUUAUGCAUUCCAGGAGCAGACUACAGAAGAUGUUGUCAUGCUCAAUGGAUUUGGUACCAUAGUCAAUGCUCUUGGAUCACGUGUCAAGGCUUACCUUCCUCAAAUUUGUGGUACUAUAUUGUGGCGCCUGAAUAAUAAGUCAGCCAAAGUGCGUCAACAAGCUGCAGAUCUGAUAUCUCGCAUUGCAGUUGUAAUGAAAACAUGCCAGGAAGAGAAAAAAACUGAUUGGGGGAACAUUUUUUGGAAAUAUAUCCCGGAAGUUCUUGGGGUCCCAUUUCUUGGUUGCUUUUGAAAGGUUAUUUGUGAAUGUUUAUUGGGAAUGCACAAAAUGAAAAAACCCUCCCCCAUCAAAAAGAUUCUUCUCCCCACGUCCAUUACUCCCAUUCUGAAGAACAGACAUGAAAAAAAAGUACAAGAAAAUUGCAUUGACUUGGUAGGACGCAUUGCUGACAGAGGACCAGAGUAUGUGAGUCCUCGUGAAUGGAUGAGAAUUUGCUUUGAAUUGUUAGAACUUCUUAAAGCACAUAAAAAAGCCAUCAGAAGAGCAACAGUAAACACAUUUGGUUAUAUUGCCAAAGCCAUUGGUCCACACGAUGUGCUUGCUACAUUACUAAAUAACCUUAAGGUUCAAGAGCGACAAAAUAGAGUGUGUACAACUGUGGCUAUUGCUAUAGUUGCUGAAACAUGUUCCCCAUUUACAGUUCUCCCAGGUCUUAUGAAUGAAUACAGAGUUCCAGAACUUAAUGUCCAAAAUGGAGUUCUUAAGUCCCUAUCUUUCCUUUUUGAAUACAUAGGUGAAAUGGGGAAAGAUUAUAUAUAUGCUGUCACAUCACUUCUGGAAGAUGCUCUCAUGGACAGAGAUCUAGUACACAGGCAGACUGCAUGUGCAGCCAUCAAACAUAUGGCCAUUGGAGUUUGGUUUUGGUUGCGAAGAUUGCACUGGAUUUCACUUUGUUUGAAAUAUGUUUAUGGGGCCUAA